ACAGUUUCGCGCCAGGAUUUGUCUAAUCACUAAACGUCUACCACAUCCUUGUCGCAACAAUCAUAGACAAUUCCUGGUGGAGUUUGGGCAUUUAUUGCGUUCGCGACGGCCACAACACUUGCUCGCCCCUCUGCGUUGUGCGCAAAGUCUGCGCGAUACUCCUGACACGAACGGGGCUGGGGUCAUCCAUCACCUUGCAUUGAGUAUUCAUUAUGGCCGAUUACUCAGAACAAACCCCGGCGGAACUGAAGCACGAGGGUUCAGAAACCCCUGGACUUGCGGCGGAGGGUGCAAAUGCACCAGUCGCUCCUGAAACUGCUACGGAAGUACUUGAACGUGCUCCUGAGACUACCGCUACGAUCGAUGUCAAUCCUCUAGAUGCGCCCAAGUCUCCAGCUGCUGAGGUGGAAGGACAUGGUGAACAGGAGGAUGCUGAGAUGGGUGGUGUCGAUGACGAUGCAAAGGUUGAGGAUGCCGAUGGGGACAAGGAAGUCGUAGAAGACUCGCAAGAGACCCCUGCGGCAACCAACCCUGCCGACGGUCAAACUGCACAAGCAAAAUCAGCGUUGGAGGCUGCCGCCAACUCACAUUUGGUUGCUCAGACGCAUCAAAUCAUUCUUCCCAGUUACAGCACAUGGUUCGACAUGACCACGAUUCACCCUCUCGAAAAGAAAUCAUUGCCUGAGUUCUUCAACAGCCGGAAUCGCAGCAAGACGCCGGCCGUGUACAAAGACUAUCGUGAUUUCAUGAUCAACACCUACCGCCUCAACCCAAUUGAGUAUCUGACAGUGACUGCUUGUCGGAGGAACUUGGCUGGAGAUGUCUGUGCAAUCAUGCGAGUACACGCAUUUUUGGAACAGUGGGGUCUCAUCAACUACCAGGUUGAUCCUCAAACUCGUCCAGCAAACAUCGGACCUCCUUUUACAGGGCACUUUAGAGUCACCGCGGAUACGCCGCGUGGACUGCAGCCUUUCCAACCCGCUCAGAACACGUUCACUACUCCCGGCAAACCCCACCCACAAACAGAUCGUGCGAAAUCACAGACACCAGCAUCCAAAGCGGACUUGAAUCUCGAAUUGAGACGCAAUGUCUAUGACGACAAGGGCAAGGAGAUCAAGGCCAGUGAAGAACCAGAUAAACACACAAAUGGUGACGAUGUGACUGCUAAUGGCUCGGCCGCAACGAAAGCCAUGGAUGCAGCUGCACGAGAACCCAUCAAGACUUUCAACUGCUAUUCCUGCGGUGUAGACUGCACUCGGUGCCGAUUCCAUUAUGCCAAGUCGGAUCCAGUUUCAAGCACCCAGAACCCCCAAGAAAUCAAAUACGACCUGUGCCCGAACUGUUAUUUCCAGUCAAGGAUGCCAAGCAAUCACCGAUCCUCUGACUUUGUCAAGAUGGAGGAGCCAGCAUAUUCCCACAUUCCUGACAAAGAUGCUCCUUGGUCCGACAAUGAGACACUAUUGCUGCUGGAAGCCUUAGAGACUUUUGAUGACAAUUGGGAAGCUGUGUCAAAACAUGUUGGCACGAGAACCAGAGAAGAAUGCGUGCUGAAGUUCCUACAAAUGGAUAUCCAAGAUCAGUAUCUUGAGGAUGGACCUUUGAGUGGCGGCGCGAUCAUGAAAACUCUGACUGGGCGAAGCCCAAUCAGUCAGUUGGACAACCCAGUCAUGUCAGUCAUCAGCUUCCUAUCACAAUUGGCCAAUCCCAAGGUUGUCGCUGCAGCUUCUGGCCGCUCGAUCGAAGUCAUGCAAAAGGAGUUACGCGCACAACUCGAGAAGGGCAUGGGAGGGACGGAGCAAGAAUCGGGUCAGGAAAAGGAAAACGUCAAAUCCGAGGAUACUAUGGAAGUCGAUGAGACAGCUGUCGAAAAGAACACGGCUGAGGUAACCGGGUCUGCAGCCGUUGUUAACGACCUUGCAAGCACGGCUUUGGCAACAAGCGCUGCUCGGUCGAGUGGUCUUGCUUCGCAUCAAGAAAGAGAGAUGACAAGGAUGAUUGGAGCAGCAGUCAACCUCACAUUGCAGAAAUUUGACCUCAAGAUGUCACAAUUUGCUGAAAUGGAAGAUAUCGUGCAGUCAGAACGAAGAGAUCUGGAAAAAGGACGGCAACAAUUGUUCUUGGACCGACUCGCGUUCAAGAGAAGAAUGAAGGACAUGGAGAACACAUUCCGACAAGCCAGCCUCAAGGGUCCUGAGGAAGGAAUGCGCAUGAUGCAAGAAGCUGUUAACAACAAUGCUGGUCAGCGCUUUGGAUUCCAAGAUGGUAAUGAGGGGUCUGAUGAAACGGUGACCACAAAUAUUGAGGGCGCCGAUGGCAAGCAGAUGGAGCUGUAAUAAAGCUCGCACGAAGGUUGUACCUGACUGGCACUGGCGUUCUGGAAGAUGGUGUUCAACUGACAAGAAGGGAGUGCUUCUUGCUAUGUUUUACCCCAAUGCAUUCUCGGUUGGUAUGUGGUGCAAUGGAGAUGCGACCUUGGAUCACUCUUGUAGAAAUAGAAGAUUGGCCUUCUUUCCAGGAAAUGAAGCAAAACCCUUGUAUGGGAGAGGAUAUUGUUACCAGGAACAAUGAGACUAUCUUGGCGUCUCCGAUGAAUAUGUCGUUGCGCGCGUUGACAC